UCUUCAACCCUAGGAUUGAAGGAAAGAUAGAGUAAAGGGCAAUUUUGUUAGGAUUGUGAUUCUCUUUUGGUGGCAUGGAAACAGUGACAACCAAUGAUCAGAUCUUCAUGUGUCUAUGUCUGAGAAGGAAACAGAAGUGAUUGGCGAUUACACGGGAAACGACUCUACUCUUCAGAAUCUGGCGAUGCUCUGAGUUGCUCAACUGUUCAAGUCAAAAUGGUUGUCUACCAGAACAAUAAAGAACGAGUGUUUCUGAGUGCAGUGAAAGCUUUCCUUGUCAAGGAAUUGUGUUGCAAGAUAUCCGCACUACAAGAGAAACAGGUGGAGCAGCCAAAGCUUGAUGAAGCAAUGUCAUUCGCCACAAUGCCCUUUCGGAGGAGCACGCGGAGCGGGGUUUAGAAAAGAUUUCAUCAGAAAGUUGGAGGUGCAAGCGGGACUUAUUCGCUUUUCCAUGGAUAUUUAACAUUAUUAAUUAAACUCUUUGUAUCACAACAAGCAUGAUUAAUUUAUUUUUAAACUUGUUUCGUGGGAGCAAAAGCAAAGUGAUGGCUUCACUUAGUCCAUGGGCAUAGAGAGGGAGAAAAAGAAGUAGUAUUGUAUUAGUAACUAGUGGCAUACUCGGUGCACGAGACUCUCG